GUCGAGCAGGCCCACCUGAGUGCCGAAGGAAGUGCCGCGCCGCGACAUAUAUAACUGGCCAAAUCAUGGCGGCCAUGGACACGACGGCCGACAGCGCAACGGCGACGCUCGAAGACGCCGAGCUCCAGGCCGCCGACGCGGGCGAGCCGGUCGCGCUGGGCGCCGCCGCCGCGACCCUGAUGCUCGCCUACAUCUCUGCGGACCAGCUCGAGGACGCGCGCCAUUUAUGGCGGCGGACGCCCGAGGCCGCGCGCGCGGCGUCGGGGGACCUCCGCGGCGCGUGGGCCGCGGCCGCGGCGCUCCGGGGCCGCGCGGCCGUGCCCUCGGCGCUGGCGGCGCUCGACGCCGGGCCCUGGGGCGCCGCCGCCGCGCCGCUCGCGGCGGAGGCGGCCGCGAGCGCGCGCCGCCGCGAGCUAGACGUCAUCGGCGCCGCCUACCUCGAGAUCCGGCUCGCCAAGGUCGCCGCGGCGCUCGCGCAGUCGGACCAGGUCGCGCUCGAGGCGUGCCGCGCGCGCGGCUGGGUCUACCGCGCCCAGGAGGCGACGCUCGUCCCCAGACCGCCGGCUCCGGCCGCGCCCGCCUUCGAGAGCUUCGAGCAGCUCGCCCAGCUCACGCGGAUCGCGACGCACCUGACCGCGUAA